CAUCUUUCUCCUCUUGAGCAUGGCGAAAAAUCAGAGUUUUCACCAAGAUUGAUGCGAAUCAGGACACAUCGAAAUGAAUCUCGUGUACUCCCUCUCCAUACCUAACCCUGCUUUAUCUUCUUCAUUACUCAAAUCGUUAAAGGGUGAACGAAGAUAUAGUAGGCUUCACUGGGGCAAUUUUCCUGCCAAGAGGACAAAUUUAUUCGGCGACAGGGGAUUCCUCUCCAGCGUUGGAAGGACCAGAGCGAAGGCCAAAGAGUUGAUUUUGGGACACCCAUCUGUCACAGUCGAGAAAGGUAAGUACAGCUACGACGUCGAAACCCUAAUCAACAAACUCAGCAGCUUACCCCCUCGAGGCAGCAUCGCUCGAUGUCUUGAUGUCUUCAAGAACAAGAUCUCCCUUAACGACUUCGCUUUGGUAUUCAAAGAGUUCGCGCAGCGUGGGGAUUGGCAGCGCUCGCUUCGGCUCUUCAAAUACAUGCAGCGGCAAAUCUGGUGUAAGCCCAACGAACAUAUUUACACAAUUAUGAUUGGCGUGUUGGGUCGAGAGGGAUUACUCGACAAGUGCGCUGAGAUAUUUGAAGAAAUGCCCACCCACGGCAUUGCCCGGAGCGUCUUCUCCUUUACUGCUCUAAUUAACGCUUACGGGCGGAACGGUCAGUACCAGACUUCCCUUGAGCUUCUCGAUCGAAUGAAGAGAGAAAGGGUUUCUCCCAGUAUUUUGACUUAUAAUACUGUUAUCCAUUCCUGCGCUAGGGGCGGUUUGGAUUGGGAAGGGCUUUUGGGUUUGUUUGCUGAGAUGCGACAUGAGGGAAUUCAACCGGAUCUUGUAACUUAUAACACACUUCUCUUUGCUUGUGCCAGUAGGGAACUUGGUGAAGAGGCAGAGAUGGUAUUUAGAAGCAUGAAUGAGGCAGGAAUUGUUCCGGAUAUUGCUACCCACACUUACCUCGUUGAGACAUUUGGAAAGUUGGGCAAGCUCGAGAAGGUGUCUGAACUCCUUAAGGAGAUGGAGUCUGCAGGAAAUUUGCCUGAUAUCACAUCUUAUAAUGUAUUAUUAGAGGCUUACGGGCAGUCGGGGUCAAUUAAAGAGGCUAUGGGUGUGUUUAGGCAGAUGCAAGCUGCUGGGUGUAUGCCAAAUGCCACGACUUAUAGUAUUUUGCUGAAUUUGUAUGGGAGGCAUGGGCGGUACGGAGAUGUUCGGGAGUUGUUUCUUGAGAUGAAGGUGAGCAAUACGGAGCCGGAUGCUGCUACUUACAACAUCCUGAUAGAGGUGUUUGGCGAGGGUGGUUAUUUCAAGGAGGUGGUCACUUUGUUCCAUGAUAUGGCAGAAGAGAAUAUUGAGCCAAAUAUGGGGACUUAUGAGGGUCUGAUAUUUGCUUGUGGAAAGGGUGGGCUUCAUGCAGAUGCCAAGCUGAUUCUUUCUCACCUGAAUGAGAAAGGGGUGGUGCCAAGUUCUAAAGUGUAUACUGGAGUAGUUGAAGCAUAUGGACAGGCUGCAUUGUAUGAGGAAGCUCUUGUUGCAUUUAACACAAUGAAUGAACUGGGGAGUAAACCAACUGUUGAAACCUACAAUUCUUUGGUACACACAUUUGCCUGUGGUGGACUUUAUAAGGAGUCCGAAGCCAUCUUGUGGCAAAUGGGUGAGGCUGGUAUUGGACGGAACAGGGAUUCUUUUAAUGGUAUGAUUGAAGCUUUUGGACGAGGAGGGCAGUUUGAAGAAGCUCUCAAGGUAUAUGUCGAGAUGGGGAAAGCAAGAUGUGAUCCUGAUGAAAAGACCCUUGAGGCUGUUUUAAGUGUGUACUGCUCAGCAGGUCUUGUUGAUGAGAGUGAGGAGCAGUUCCAGGAAAUUAAAGCUUCAGGAAUCAUGCCUAGUAUUAUAUGUUACUGUUUUCUGCUAUCAGUUUAUGCAAAGAGUGAUAGGUGGGAUGGUGUACAUGAGCUACUGGAGGAGAUGGCCACUAAUAGGGUAUCCAAUAUGCAUCAAGUGAUAGGACAGAUGAUCAAGGGAGCUUAUGAUGAUGACUCUAAUUGGCAGAUGGUUGAGUAUGUCUUUGACAAAUUAAACUCUGAAGGUUGUGGCUUGGGUUUGAGGUUCUAUAAUGCUGUUCUAGAAGCAUUGUGGUGGCUGGGCCAGAAGGAACGAGCAGCAAGAGUGCUCAAUGAAGCAACAAAGCGGGGCCUUUUUCCUGAGUUGUUCCGGAAAAGCAAGCUCAUGUGGUCUGUAGAUGUCCACAGGAUGUCGGUAGGUGGUGCUCUUACAGCCAUAUCAGUUUGGCUCAAUAAUGUAUAUUGCAUGUUCAAAAAUGGGGAAGAUCUUCCUCAUUUGGCAGCAGUUGUAGUUGCGCGUGGGGUGAUGGAGAAAAGUUCCAUGGCACGGGAAAUUCCUGUUGCAAAGUUGGCCUAUUCAUUUCUUAAGGAUAAUGUGUCAGCGUCCUUCUGUUUCCCUGGGUGGAACAGGGGCCGAAUAAUCUGCCACAGACUACAGCUCAAACGAAUUCUAACAGGUUCUGAAUCAUCAGUAGAUGAGUCCAGAACUGAGUUGGUUUCUAUUAAUAACUCCAUUUUUCCUCUUCCUGGCAUGAGAAUAUCCAUGACUGAUGUCAAUAAUGGCCAGCAUAUUAAUAUAGAUUCUGAAACAGGCAUUGGGACAAGAACAAAGCUUGUGACAAGUGCAAUCUGACAGAUUAACAGUAGCACUGCUUUGUUUUCCAGGGCUCAGUUGUGGUUGGGAUAUUGUCACCCCCUUGAGAGAACUUAGAGAAAUCAGGAUCAGUUAGACACCAGAAAGAAUUCUGCUGGACAUUAAAUCAUGGCUGAGGCAUAUUUUUUGUGUAUGGUUGGUGGGGGGUGAGAGAGAGAGAGAGAGAGAGAGUCUCUCAUGUGUAAAAUGUAUCUGAGCUGAACAGUCAUCCCAAAUGAACGCAUAUUGAAAGUAUCAAGUGCUUGCAGCGUUUGGUCACCACGCUCAGUUAGAUUGAUCCCCAGUGGAUUGGCUCACUAAUUUAUCCACCUAGUUGGAAAAAAAGAAGGUUUCCCUUCUGUUCCUAGCUGGAGAAGAGCAGUUCUUUUAUCAACACUUGUAAGUAAAUUUUUUGUCAGCAUUUUCUGAAAUCCUAUGAUUUUCUGUUGAAGUAUUUCUCUCAAAAAUUAAAGAGCUUUACCUGUGCA